GGGCCGGCCAGUGAGUGUCGGGGCCUCGUGAUCGCAUGACCCGCGACAUGGAUACCGUCCUGUCAGACUUUGUACGCUCGACGGGCGCGGAGCCGGGACUGGCGAGGGACCUGCUCGAAGGCAAGAACUGGGACCUGACUGCGGCGCUGAGCGACUUUGAGCAGCUGCGCCAGGUGAACGGCGGCAACUUGCCUCCCGCCUUCAACGAGGGCCGCGGGCAGCGCCCACACGACCGGGACGGGGCCCGCAACGCACGACCCCCCCUUCAGCGGCCCGACGACAGCAGCGGCAACCAAGGUGAACCUCGUCUGCCCGGGCAUCUCUCUCGCCAUUCGGCGAUCGUGUCGUUGGCCCGCUCACACGUGGGCAGCAACGGCGGCGCGGACCACCCGCUGGAGACGCCCGUCUGCACCUUCCAGCUGCCCGACCUGACCCGCUACCGAGCGCCGUUCCGCUCCUUCAUCGAGAGGGACCUCAUUGAGCAAUCCAUGCUGGUCGCCCUGGAGCAGGCAGGCCGGUUGAACUGGUGGGCCCAGACGUCCGCCGGCUGCCAGAGGCUCCUCCCCCUCGCCACCACCGGCGACGGCAACUGCCUGCUGCACGCCGCCUCACUCGGGAUGUGGGGCUUCCACGACAGGGACCUGAUGCUGAGGAAGGCCCUGUACUCCACCAUGGGGAAGGGGCUGGAGAAGGAGGCGCUGAGGAGGCGAUGGAGGUGGCAGCAGACGCAGCAGAACAAGGAGUCGGGGCUAGUCUACACGGAGGACGAGUGGCAGAAGGAGUGGGCGGAGCUGAUCAAGCUGGCGUCCAGUCAACCGCGGGUCCACCUGCCCAGCAACGGCUCCGGAUGCAGCGGGAGACUGGUAACAUCGACCUUCCCCGCCCUAAACAGCAGUGUGGACAGCGCGGAGGAGCCGGUCUACGAGAGCCUGGAGGAGUUCCACGUCUUUGUGUUGGCGCACGUCCUGCGCCGGCCGAUCGUGGUGGUGGCCGACACCAUGCAGGACUCCGGUGGUGAAGCUUUUGCCCCCAUCCCAUUUGGGGGCAUCUACCUGCCGCUGGAGGUGAUGGCGAGCAAGUGUCACCGUUUACCGCUGGUCUUGGCUUACGACCAGGCCCACUUCUCCGCUCUGGUCUCCAUGGAACAGCGGGAGCCCAACAAGGAGCAAGCCGUUGUCCCACUGACGGAUUUCGAAUACAAGCUGCUUCCCGUCCACUUUGCCGUGGACCCCGGAAAGGAUUGGGAAUGGGUGCGAGAUGACAACGAUAAUGUCCGGCUUGCCAG